CAAUUGCGCUUUUCUCUCACGCUUUUCUCACACUCUAUCGCCUCUGUGACAUCCCUCAUCGUUUUUCAUCUGCAUCUUUUCAUGGAAUCUCUGGGGAAAACGGAAUCCCUGACUCCAGCAAUGUCGGUGGGUGGCAAGAAGGGCACUGGCGCCACCGUGAUUGCAGGCAGGAAGAAAUCAGGCCCCAAAUUUGAGCUGUCCGAGGAGCAAAAGGCGGACAUCAAGGAGGCCUUUGAUCUGUUCGACACGGAAGCGAGUGGCUACAUAGACGUUAAAGAGCUAAAGGUGGCCAUCCGGGCGCUGGGAUUCGAGCCGAAGAAGGAGGAAAUCAAGAAGAUGAUAGCUGAGAUAGACAAGGAGGGCACUGGGAAAGUGUCGUACGACGAAUUCCUGCAGCUGAUGACUGUGAAAAUGGCCGAGAAGGACACCCGAGAGGAGAUCCUGAAGGCCUUCAGGCUCUUUGAUGAUGACGAGACUGGGAAGAUCUCCUUCAAGAACCUCAAGAGGGUGGCCAAGGAGCUGGGAGAAAAUCUCACAGAUGAAGAACUGCGGGAGAUGAUUGAUGAGGCAGAUUUGGAUGGAGAUGGUGAAGUCAACCAAGACGAAUUCCUGCGGAUUAUGAAAAAGACUAGUCUCUACUGAAGACAUCCGCCAAGGAGCGUCAGCCAAAUGGUCAAAUUAAUCGUCAAUGAUUUAUUUUGUACAUCUCUCGUCUCUCUUGUGAAGAGUCUUCUCACGAAAUUCCUUAAUAUCUGUACUGGAUACAUUUACUUUUAACUGUGUUAUUAAUGUAAAUUGAACAAAUUUGCUUCAAAAUGUUCAAAAUAUACAAUCCCAUCAGAAAUAGUCAAUAUUAGUAAUUUUUCUUUCAAUUCGCAUUCAUGGACAUUCGAUUCC